GAGAGGUGCUGAAGGGACAGUUCCCGCGGCGGAACUGGCCGGGGGCUGUUGGGAGGGUGUGGCAGCCCUCGGAGCCGGCCGGGCACGUGAGCGAUGGAGACAAUAUGGAUCUACCAGUUCCGCCUCAUCGUGAUCGGGGACUCCACCGUGGGCAAGUCGUGCCUCCUGCACCGCUUCACCCAGGGCCGCUUUCCCGGGCUGCGCUCCCCCGCCUGCGACCCCACCGUCGGCGUGGACUUCUUCUCCCGCCUGCUGGAGAUCGAACCCGGCAAGAGGAUCAAGCUGCAGCUCUGGGACACGGCGGGUCAGGAGCGGUUCAGAUCAAUAACUCGAUCUUAUUACCGCAACUCAGUUGGUGGAUUUUUAGUAUUUGACAUAACUAACCGACGAUCUUUUGAACAUGUGAAAGAUUGGCUAGAAGAAGCAAAAAUGCACGUACAGCCAUUUCGGAUAGUAUUUCUGCUAGUGGGACACAAAUGUGACUUAGCUUCACAACGUCAAGUUACAAGAGAAGAAGCUGAAAAACUGUCAGCAGACUGUGGUAUGAAGUAUAUAGAAACCUCAGCAAAAGAUGCUACAAAUGUUGAGGAAUCCUUCACUAUCUUAACCAGAGACAUAUAUGAACUUAUCAAAAGGGGAGAAAUUUGUAUUCAGGAUGGCUGGGAAGGGGUUAAAAGUGGUUUUGUUCCAAACACUGUGCAUUCUUCUGAGGAAGCAGUGAAGCCCAGGAAAGAGUGCGUCUGCUGACUUCAAACAUGCCAAAGAACUAACAAGAACUGAUUAGAUGUCAUUUCAGGAUAAACACCAACGUUACCAGGAAAAUGAUGCAAUGAAACAAUUAUAAAAAAGUGCUAAACCUGUGUUAACACUAUUUUGUAAGAUAUUUGAUUCAGAGCAUGAUGCUUACUUAUAUAUAACACUACAAGAUUGAGUAUUUUGCUAAGAUAUCAGGCAAAGAAGACAACUUUUUCUUUUUUUUAAUUUUAAAAAUUUAAUUGUUAUUCAAGUACAGCCUCUGUCUUCUACUCCCAUCCGAGCCCACCCCCCGCAGUGUUCCCCACUUCCCUCCCAUUUCCCACCCCCCUUAGUUGUGAAGACAACUUUUUCUUGAAACUACCAAAUUACCCCUGUUCUCACUUUGUCGGCAUAUAGCUGAACUUAAUUUCCAAAUAUGUCAAUAUUACUCAUUUUUAUUGACAUAUUGAAAUGGGUUUUUUGUACAAAUACAGUCUGAUUGAAAAGAUUUAACAAGAAUUACAUUCUGAGUUAAUUUAUUAGUAUUGAAUAGUAAAGUAGAUUUAAAAGUGCACUGUUCACAUACAAAUUAAACAAUCUUAGAGGUAUCAACUGAGACUAAAAUAGCAGUUUUUUGUUUAAGGUACCAGAUUUUUAUUCUCUGAAAUAUUUGUCUUCCCUUAAUUUUGCCUGAACAUAACAAAAUAAGUUUUAUACUCAUUUUUGUUCUCUAAUUUAUUGCUCCUGAAAAUUUUAUGUUUUAUGAAGCUAUGUAAGGAUCCAAGCAAAAUAUUUUAUUGCAAAUAUUUAUAAAAAUAAAAACAAAGGAC